AUGUAUGAUCAUGUAAGACCCUCUUCAAAGAUCUUCAAAGAUCUUCAAAGAUCUUCAAAGUUCAAAGCGAAGCCAGCCAAUUGGACCUCGAAACGCUCGGCGCGACACGUCUCGGGCACCAAGGAGACCGCGGGGUUGGCCCACGACUUGGUGCACGUGGAUGGUUCCGAGACCACUGAGCAUCCACUGAGCAUCCGGAGCCGAAGGGAAAGAAGAAAAUCGUCAGAAAAAGGCGCCGCCUUCGAAGUCUUCGAAGUCGAAGCAGUUGACACUCCAGCACCCAAACAGUCUGCAGUGGCAGCGCAAGAGGAUGCUACCUCUUCGCAGCACGCACGGGGCUUGUUCUCAAGCUCUGAUGCUGGCAGUCACGAACCCGAGCAGUCUGCGGUGGUAGCGCAGCAAGAGGGUGCCACCUCUGCACAGCGCGUACGGGGGAAGAUCCUCGACAAUGCCAUGUUUAUUGAUUUUAAUUCAGUGUCAGGUUGCUUCAGAUGGAAACGCUGCUCAUAUCUGCUCUCCAAUUCACUUCAGCUUGCAAACUGA